UCAUUUCCGGUCACUUCCACGCUCACACUCGGAAACACCAUCAAGCUCUCCCCUUUCUCUCGACCCGAGCUUCUUCGUCGAAUCGGGAGAAUCUCAGGGCCGCAGCUGCCGCCUUCCGUAGUUCCUCGGGAGAGCGACAUGGCGAGGAUCCACGCCGCACCUGCGGCGGUGCUGUGCCUGGUGGUCCUCGCGUGGACGUGGUUGCCCGCCGCGGAGGGCGUCAAGAAACCGGCUUCGGCCGCCCGGAAGGAGGACGUGCCGUUCAUAAGGUGCCAGGUCUGCGAGAAGGUCGCGACCCAGCUGUACCGCCAGGUGCAGAAGAAGCAAGCCCAGAUCGCUCCCAAGAAGAUCUCGGAAUAUGAAGUGAUUGAGAUCGCCGAGAACAUCUGUAAUUUGAAGAAGGAGGAAGCUGAUUGGAUGCUCAAGAUUGAUAUCGUCGAGCAAGGGGAUAAAUUGGAGCUUGUAGACCAAGAUACUGAAGGAAUAUGCAAUUCCGAGUGCAAGACUAUCGAAAGAGCUUGUCAAGAGGUCAUGGGUUACUCUGAUACUGAUGUUGCUGAGUAUUUAUAUAACUCCAAGCCCCAAUUAGAUUCACUGGUUGAUUUUCUCUGUAAAGACCUUAGUAGAGCAUGCAAUUCCAAGCCACCUCCACUUCCUAAGGAUAGGACUCCUGGAGAAGCUUUUAUGCCCAAACCAGCUAAGGAUGCUGAAAUGGAGAAGAUCUUGAGAUCGAUGGAGGGUAUGCCGGGAGCACCCAGCAUGAAGAUGUACUCAAAAGACGAAUUGAUGAACAUGAAAAACUUAGGUGAGGAAGACGAUGAUGAAGAAGAUGAAGAUGAGGAUCCACACUUCCCUUCAAAAUUGGGAAAAGUUUUGAGAGACAAGGAAAGCAGAAAGGGUGAUUGGAAGCAGACACUAACAGAAGGCAUCAAAACUACUGGGGAAGUAAUAAAGAGACAUGCAGACAAAGUCUCCUUCCGAUUACAAAAAUGGUGGAAAGGAAUUAGAAAACCAGACUCGAAGAAAAAUUCAAAGACCGGCAAGUCAGAACUUUAAUGCACCCAAAUGUCAGACAUUUGAAGAAAGCAAUACUUUGAGCCUUGAGGGUAUAAUCUUCAUCUCCGGUCGCUGUAUCAGUAUAUGAUGUACAAGGCCCUUCAGAGCUGAAGAUUUGAGUUUGUUCCAAGUGGUUGAGAGCGCGGCAGGAGUUUCUUUUUUUCUCCCGGUAAAUUGCUUCGGUUUCCUGCAGUACUAACAUGGAACAAAAUGCGGGAUUUUGAUCUUGUUUCGACAGCCUCUUUAAUCUUGAACAUCUUUAUGCUUUUAGAGCUCCUCAAUAGAUUACAGAAGAAUUUCUCUGAAAUGUUAGCAAACGUCUCAUGUAAUUGCUCUAGGAAGGGAAUUACACAAAUCUCCCUUAAAUCUUUC